UUGGAGAAAUUGCUGGCCAUAAAAAUAGAGACUUGGACGUGGAUGCUCUCUCUCUCUCUCUCUCUCUCUCUCUCUCUCUAACAAACGAGCUACUUAAGUAGCUAGCAAACAGUCAAACAGUCAAUAGCCAACGUUAAAUACUGCACCAUCAUCAACCUCUUCACAAACCCACUUUGGUCGCUGCAUUUUUUGUACAAGAGCUCCACGGUUCAUCUUGUUGGCUUCUAAUCCACUAGUUAAUUGAUCAUUUAAAUGGCACAAGAAGUUGUAAAUUCAGAUGAGGUUGUUCUUGGAGAAGAAAUAGACCAUGUGAGGUUGAUCACCUUGAACAGGCCUCGUCAUUUGAAUGUCAUCUCAUCAAAAGUGGUGGCUCUGGUCCAUGGAAUUUCAAUGGGUGGAGGCGCAUCUUUAAUGGUCCCAAUGAAGUUCUCGGUAGUCACAGAAAAAACUGUAUUUGCCACUCCGGAAGCUAGUAUUGGCUUUCAUACUGAUUGUGGUUUCUCAUAUAUACUAUCCCAUCUUCCUGGGCAUCUCGGGGAGUUCUUUGCCUUAACAGGAGCAAGACUGAAUGGUAAGGAAUUGGUUGCUGCUGGAUUGGCAACCCAUUUUGUCCCUCUUGAGAAAUUGUCGGAUCUAGAGAAGCGUUUGAUAAGCUUAAACUCUGGAGAUGAGAAUGCAGUCAAAGCUGCGAUUGAAGAAUUUGCGGUGGAAGUCCAGCUUUAUGAAGAAAGUGUUUUAAACAAGCAGUCAAUAAUUGAUGAGUGCUUCUCCAAAGAUACAGUGGCUGAGAUUAUAAAAUCAUUUGAAGCAGAGGCAACCAAAGAAGGAAAUGGAUGGAUAGGUCCAGUUCUUAAGGGCUUAAAAAGAUCAUCCCCUACAGGAUUGAGAAUAACACUGAGAUCGAUUCGCAAAGGCAGGAAGCAAACAUUGCCUGAAAGUCUGAAGAAGGAAUUUAGACUCACAAUCAAUAUACUAAGAGCCAUAAUAUCUGAGGAUGUAUAUGAGGGUAUUAGAGCUCUCACUAUUGACAAGGAUAAUGCCCCUAAGUGGAACCCACCAUCUCUUGACCAUGUGGGUGAUGAGAAGAUAGACCAAGUGUUUCAGCCGUUUGAAGAAGAUUUGGAGCUCCAGAUUCCUGGAAAGGAAGAACACAGGUGGGAUGGCAAAUAUGAGAAUUCACCUUAUGCAUCUUUGAAGGUGACUGACUAAACAAG